AUGGAACGGACAGAAAAGAGUCCCUCUGAGAACGGGACCACUGUCUCCCCAACUGCGGGGAAUCUUGACACACCAGGAAAUCAAAGCACUGCAGAGGAGGUGGCCAAAGGCCCAGCUGGGACAAGUGUCAAAGACCCUCCGGAUGAGGCAGAACAGGAGGGUAAAGCAGCCCCCAAGGGGGCAGUGUCAGGGGAGUGCCCGGAGGACGCAAGUGUAUUAGAUGAGCUCAAGGUAGACCUGCAAGGGGAGGCCAGUGGGAAGGAGGAAGCCAAGGGUGACCUUGCAGAGGAGGAGGAUGGGAAGGAGGAGACCACCGUGGCUUCCCAGGAAGAGACUGGCAGGAAAGAAGACACAACACCUGAACCCAGCGAGGUUAAGGGAAAAGAGGAGGCCACGCUGGCCCUGGAGAAGCAGAAGUCUGAUGGAAAAGAGGCCAAUCUGGACUCUAAGGAGAAAUUGGAUGUGAGUGAUAAAGCCAAGCCUGAACCCAAGGAGGGUGCUGGGGCAGAGGUUACUGUCCAAGAGGCUGAGACGGAAUCUCAGAAGAAGGCUGAUGUGAAGGACCAGGCCACCGCUGAACUUCAGGCAGUCGAUGGGAAGGAGGUCAUCGAUGGGAAGGAGGUCGUCGAUGAUGGGAAGGAGGUCGUCGAUGAUGGGAAGGAGGUCGUCGAUGAUGGGAAGGAGGUCGAAAGUGGCACAAAGGAGCUGGUGGAGCCAGGGAGUCCCACUGAAGAGCAGGAGCAGGGUGAGGAAAAAGAAUCAGAAGAAAGGACAGCGGUGAUUCCCAGCUCCCCCGAGGAAUGGCCUGAGAGCCCCACAGAUGAGGGAACCAGCCUCAGCCCAGAUGGCUUGGGUCCAGACUCUACGGCAUCUGGAGAGACCAGUCCUUCAGCCAGUGAGUCUUCGCCCAGUGACGUGCCCCAGAGCCCCACGGAGCCCCCACCCUCGGAGGAAAAAAAGGAGAGAGCACCAGAACGCAGGGUGUCGGCCCCUGCUCGGCCCCGGGGACCCCGUGCGCAGAAUCGCAAAGCCAUCAUGGACAAGUUUGGCGGGGCAGCCUCGGGCCCCACUGCCCUCUUCCGGAACACGAAAGCCGCGGGGGCAGCCAUUGGUGGUGUUAAGAACAUGCUUUUGGAGUGGUGCCGGGCCAUGACGAGAAAGUAUGAGCACGUGGACAUCCAGAACUUCUCCUCCAGCUGGAGCAGCGGCAUGGCCUUCUGCGCCCUCAUCCACAAGUUUUUCCCAGAUGCCUUUGACUAUGCAGAGCUGGACCCCACAAAGCGGCGGCACAACUUCACCCUAGCCUUCUCCACUGCAGAGAAACUAGCUGACUGUGCCCAGCUGCUGGACGUGGAUGACAUGGUGCGGCUGGCCGUGCCCGACUCCAAGUGCGUCUACACCUACAUCCAGGAGCUGUACCGUAGCCUUGUGCAGAAAGGGCUGGUGAAGACGAAAAAGAAAUGAAUGGCAAAGCCGUGCGGAUGGAGGAGGGGGGGGCAGCUGACAACAGUAGACUGGGCCUCCAGGCGUGAAACAGGUGGCACCGGUCUCAAUGGCAUUAAAAGAACUGUUGUAAAAUUCCUCUCAUUCCUUGAUGCUCCCCGCACCCCAACCAGCCACAUGUAUGCAAUAGGCGGUGGCCAAAAAUAAAAAGAAACCCGCAUUUGGA